UGAGGCCUGACGAGCCCUCUUAUGCACUGUCGGAAGGGGAAGUCGUCCCUAUCCGGGGGAGCUGAUUCUCGGGUGGGAGCGAGGGAAGGGGGCGUAGCAGUGGGUGGGCCUGAGUUUCCCCAGAAGCUUUUGGGGUCUGCUGGGCUGUGGGUGGGGGGCUCUGGAACAGCCCUUGCAAGGGUAGUUUCUGGAGGACUCAGUGGGCCUCAGACUCGCUUCCCGUCUUGCGGGCCAAGUAGCACGAGCAGCUGUAUUCAGUUUUCCUGGAAUAGAGAGCGCGUGGAGCGCCCUUGGAGUUGGGCUUCACGCCUCAGAGCUUUGGAGUUGGAUGUAUGCAGGUCCACGCGUGAGUGUUCGCUCACAGCCCUGUAUCAUGUACGCUGAGGAAGCAGGUGACCGACUCCCUGCAUGUGAGCAACACUCAGCCUAGUUACAGUUUCCAUUAGCUUUUAACUUCAUUGCUUCCUGUUUAAUUGCAUUUUCCUGGAACCUCCUAGUUGGUUAGGAGAGCUUGUUCUUUCUAGGACUUUGAUAUCUCGCUUCACGAUUAGAAGUUGGUUCCUUGUUUGUGGAAUAUAACACCCAGAACCGCACAAAGUGCAUUAAUAAAAAGUUGCUGUAAUGGUUGAGACACUAGAUUUCUGACUUUUAAGUGUAAAAGAUUUUAAUACACAAAAAAAGAUACGAGGUCUCACUAUUUUCUCUGAGAUGGUUUUAAACACUUAAAAAAAGGGGCAAAUGAUGGGAGAAACUGGUAUUUUCCUAGGGCAAGUCUUGAAAACUUUGGUAUCUUACAACAUUCACACUCAAGGUUUUCAGUUUAAUUGCUAGUAAAAGAGGCGUAAAUAAAGUAAUCUGCUUUUAGGUUAUACGGUGUAGGGCUUUACAGUAUACAUACACAGUUAUUUUGUUAAGUUUAUUUAGAACUUAACAUUUGGGGGAUGAGGAUCUCCUUGAAACCUUUAAUGAUUUUAACAAUUCAAAUAAUCGUUCAACAAACUUUUACAAUCUAUAAAUAGGCUUAUUUAUUAAGUUUAUUUUUUUAAGCUGGUGUUUAUUUUAUUACAGUUAGCUUUACUAUAGCUGUGAAUUUUGUGGUUAUUUUAGGGCAUUAAGCUUAAAUUUUUCGCAACAUUUUGCAGUUUCUUUUUAGGUUGUCAGCUAUCCUGAAUGACAUGUUUAUACAUCUGUGCAAAACCUUGUAUCUGAAAAAAUAUCUUAGGAUAUUUAAGGUUUACUCAAGUCUGCAGUUAGCGUUUCAGUACUUAAGUUCAUACUCUGCAGUGCAAGAAGCCGUCACUCCUUUUUGAGGAUUCUGACUGAAAGACUUGUGCUUCCAAGUGGAAGGGAGAUCUAGACUUGCAAGUACACUGGUUUUUCCAUUAAAUAUUUUAGUAACCAACCUUAAGGCCUAGUGUUUGGUCUUAGUUUAAUUUUAACAGGAGUUGUAUAUUCUAUUCCUAGUGCCUCAAAGUGGAAAAAUAUAUUUCCUGCCCUCUAGGAACCUCAAAGUAAGGGUCAUAAGCUUAUGAACAGAUUACUGAAAUCUGAUCUAUUACACAGGAUGAUGUCCAAAGUGUGCUAAAACACAAAUGAGGAAACAUCAGUGGACUAGAGUCUUUAGGGAAAGCUCUAUAGAGGAAGUGACACGGCCAGGCGUGGUGGCUCACGCCUGUAAUCCCAGCACGUUGGGAGGCCGAGGCGGGUGGAUCACCUGAAGUCAGGAGUUUAAGACCAGCCUGGCCAAUAUGGGGAAACACUGUCUCUACUAAAAAUACAAAAAUUAGCCGGGCGUGGUGGCGGGCAUCUGUAAUCCCAGCUACUCGGGAGGCUGAAGCAGGAAGAAUCACUUGAACUCUGGAGGCGGAGGUUGCAGUGAGCUGAGAUCGCGCCAUUGCACUCCAGCCUGGGCAACAGAGCGAGACUUUGUCUCAAAAAAAAAAAAAAAAAAAAAAAAAGAAGAAGAAGUGACAUUUGAUUUGAGAUGGACUUAGAAAAUGAAUAAGUGAAACUUACAGGUGGUCUGCCAGUUAGAUGAUUGUUUUCUCAGCAGGUCCUUUGGCCGAAAUAGAACUAUUUGUGAACAGACUUGAUUCAGUGGAAUCAGUUCUUCCUUAUGAAUACACAGCGUUUGAUUUUUGCCAAGCAUCAGAAGGAAAGCGCCCAUCUGAAAAUCUUGGUCAGGUACUAUUCGGGGAAAGAAUUGAACCUUCACCAUAUAAGUUUACGUUUAAUAAGGAGGAGACCUGUAAGCUUGUUUGUACAAAAACAUACCAUACAGAGAAAGCUGAAGACAAACAGAAGUUAGAAUUCUUGAAAAAAAGCAUGUUAUUGAAUUAUCAACAUCACUGGAUUGUGGAUAAUAUGCCUGUAACAUGGUGUUAUGAUGUUGAAGAUGGUCAGAGGUUCUGUAAUCCUGGAUUUCCUAUUGGCUGUUACAUUACAGAUAAAGGCCAUGCAAAAGAUGCCUGUGUUAUUAAUUCAGAAUUCCAUGAAAGAGAUACAUUUUACAUCUUCAACCAUGUUGACAUCAAAAUAUACUAUCAUGUUGUUGAAACUGGGUCCAUGGGAGCAAGAUUAGUGGCUGCUAAACUUGAACCAAAAAGCUUCAAACAUACCCAUAUAGAUAAACCAGACUGCUCAGGGCCUCCCAUGGACAUAAGUAACAAGGCUUCUGGGGAGAUAAAAAUUGCCUAUACUUACUCUGUUAGCUUCGAGGAAGAUAAAAAGAUCAGAUGGGCAUCUAGAUGGGACUAUAUUCUGGAGUCUAUGCCUCAUACCCACAUUCAGUGGUUUAGCAUUAUGAAUUCCCUGGUCAUUGUCCUUUUCUUAUCUGGAAUGGUAGCUAUGAUUAUGUUACGGACACUGCACAAAGAUAUUGCCAGAUAUAAUCAGAUGGACUCUACAGAAGAUGCCCAGGAAGAAUUUGGCUGGAAACUUGUUCAUGGUGAUAUAUUCCGUCCUCCAAGAAAAGGGAUGCUGCUAUCAGUCUUUCUAGGAUCUGGGACACAGAUUUUAAUUAUGACCUUUGUGACUCUAUUUUUCGCUUGCCUGGGAUUUUUGUCACCUGCCAACCGAGGAGCGCUGAUGACGUGUGCUGUGGUGCUGUGGGUGCUGCUGGGCACUCCUGCAGGCUAUGUUGCUGCCAGAUUCUAUAAGUCCUUUGGAGGUGAGAAGUGGAAAACAAAUGUUUUAUUAACAUCAUUUCUUUGUCCUGGGAUUGUAUUUGCUGACUUCUUUAUAAUGAAUCUGAUCCUCUGGGGAGAAGGAUCUUCAGCAGCUAUUCCUUUUGGGACAUUGGUUGCCAUAUUGGCCCUUUGGUUCUGCAUAUCUGUGCCUCUGACGUUUAUUGGUGCAUACUUUGGUUUUAAGAAGAAUGCCAUUGAACACCCAGUUCGAACCAAUCAGAUUCCACGUCAGAUUCCUGAACAGUCAUUCUACACGAAGCCCUUGCCUGGUAUUAUCAUGGGAGGGAUUUUGCCCUUUGGCUGCAUCUUUAUACAGCUAUUCUUCAUUCUGAAUAGUAUUUGGUCACACCAGAUGUAUUACAUGUUUGGCUUCCUAUUUCUGGUGUUUAUCAUUUUGGUUAUUACCUGUUCUGAAGCAACUAUACUUCUUUGCUAUUUCCACCUAUGUGCAGAGGAUUAUCAUUGGCAAUGGCGUUCAUUCCUUACCAGCGGCUUUACUGCAGUUUAUUUCUUAAUAUAUGCAAUACACUACUUCUUUUCAAAACUGCAGAUCACAGGAACAGCAAGCACAAUUCUGUACUUUGGCUAUACCAUGAUAAUGGUUUUGAUCUUCUUUCUUUUUACAGGAACAAUUGGCUUCUUUGCAUGCUUUUGGUUUGUUACCAAAAUAUACAGUGUGGUGAAGGUUGACUGAAGAAGUCCAGUGUGUCCAGUUAAAACAGAAAUAAAUUAAACUCUUCAUCAACAAAGACCUGUUUUUGUGACUACCUUGAGUUUUAUCAGAAUUAUUGGCCUAGUAAUCCUUCAGAAACACCAUAAUUCUAAAUAAACCUCUUCCCAUACACCUUUCCCCCAUAAGAUGUGUCUUCAACACUAUAAAGCAUUUGUAUUGUGAUUUGAUUAAGUAUAUAUUCGGUUGUUCUCAAUGAAGAGCAAAUUUAAAUAUUAUGUGCAUUUGUAAAUACAGUAGCUAUAAAAUUUUCCAUACUUCUAAUGGCAGAAUAGAGGAGGCCAUAUUAAAUAAUACUGAUGAAAGGCAGGACACUGCAUUGUAAAUAGGAUUUUCUAGGCUCGGCAGGCGGAAAGAAUUAUUUUUCUUUGAAGGAAAUAACUUUUUAUCAUGGUAAUUUUGAAGGAUGAUUCCUAUGAUGUGUUCACCAGGGGAAUGUGGCUUUUAAAGAAAAUCUUGUAUUGGUUGUAACUGUUCAUAUCUUCUUACUUUUCUGUGUUGACUUCAUUAUUCCCAUGGUAUUGGCCUUUUAAACUAUGUGCCUCUGAGUCUUUCAAUUUAUAAAUUUGUUAUCUUAAUAAAUAUUAUAAAAAUGUC